UUCUUGUCAGCCUGAUCCUGGUGCUUGGCGUCUCUCCCAGCUCAGUUCCCAAGGGAAAGAACAGACAAACAGGACAGGCAGAGAGUUGAUCUCUGUGGGGUGGCACUACAAGCUGUUUGCAGCUGCAUUUGGAAACCUACCUGGCUGCAUUUGAAUAAUUUUAAAUGCCUUGUAUUGAUUUUGUUGGAUUUUAAUUAAUCAUUUUGUCCCUUGACACUCCUUUAGUGGUUUGUAGAAGAAUUACCCCUCUGAUGACACAGAGAGCUCUUGUUAUUAGCUGAAUGUGGGUCUGGGUUUUUAUAAACUCUGUUGAUUUGGCUUAAUUUUAUUAUCCCUCUUUAUUCACCAAUUCCCAUGUGAGCCCUUUCUUUGUCAGCCUGGUGUUGAGCUCAGUCUGUGAGAUGGGUGUUUACUUCCCUAAUUGUCCUUUUUGAAAAAUCACAGUGACUUCUGCUUGCAAAUGAUCUGAUUCUGUUGACAGAAACACCUUCAGCAGCUGCUUUUCAGUGUGCUUUGGACUGCUCCUAAAAUAGGCUGCUUUCAGCACCAUCAGGGGUGGAUAUUGUGGAAAUAUUUAGUAUUUGCAGGAUUAACAGUGCCACAGUUUGAUGUAGUGGCCUUGGUAGGUUUACUUCUUGGUUUUCAUGUACACCAAAAAAGGUCUUUUUUGAAAGUCCUUAACUCUUUCUGACAAGGUGAUUUUAUACCUCCUGGUUUUAAUAUAUUGCAUUGUUUGUAUUCAGAAUCCAAUUCCAUCCCCAUGUUAUUAUUUUACAUCUUUGUUUUUGUUACCACUCUGGUUACUUUUCCUUCUCUGAAAACCAAGUGAGUUUUUAUCAAGUAUCUUUAUUGAUUUUUGGGGCCUCUACCGAAAUGUUUUUAUUUGGUCCUUAAAACCAAUUGUAUUAUUCUCUUUAAAUUAAUAACUUGUUGUUUUCAGUGAAACCAGUUUGAUUUUUGAUCACCAGCUGCUUCUCUUUGUGAUUGAUGUGCUGCUGUGUUUGCAUACAACCAGGAGCAUUUGCAUCUGAGCAACUGGUAGUUUUUAUUUUUCUCUUCACUUCCCCUUUGUCCUUCCAGAGGAGGUGUAAAGUGAAUUUUCUGUUCUGGGACGUGUUUGAGGGACACUUUGUUGUGCUCUAUCUUUUGUUCUUACUGGUCCUGCUUUCUACCAUUUUGCUGAUCCAUGUUUACUUGAAGGGCACAGCUGGGCUACAGAUUUGGCAUCUCAGUGAACAGGGCUUGCAUAAUUAUCUCUCUGAAGCUCUGUAGCUUACCAUGAUGAUCCUACACGUGCUCUGCACAAACUGAGGUGCCUAACUUAUGAUCCAGAGAAGAACCAGCUUGUGAAAGCAGGUGAGGUCCUUGGAGAGAAAACAUGCUCUGCUGAAUGUGAAUUAAGUGUGGAGGAAUGAACUGUUGGAAGUCUGGUGACCUUACUGGAGUCUGGAGAAUGGACAUCUCUGAGGGGCUGGAAGGCCUGAUGCAAAUCUGAACUGAUUCUGGUGCUUCCCCCUGCCCUCCAGUCCUCACAGUGUUCCUGGAAAGCCAAUGGAUGAACAGGACAGUGAUUUUAAAGAGUUGUGGGCAAAUAUUUUGAAUGGGGCAAAGAAAAAGGCUGGGGAUGCUGAGGCAACAAAGAGGGUUCAGAACAGGCCAAAGAGCACCACAACACGAAGCAAAUUAAGAAGAGGCAAAGCUGCUGCUAAGAGCCAAACCCAUCAUCACUUACCAGCAGUGAAGGAGAAAAACUUACUUCAAAAUCUGAGUUCAAAGGAACAAACAUUGGCGCACGAAGAAGAUGGCGAUGCUGCAGCCUGUAGUGGUGACACUGCACAGGGGGAUGGAGCAAGAAGCCCUCUCCCUGGCAGCCAGCUGAGCACAGGCAGCACUGAGUGUAGCCAGAGGUCUCUGACAGUAAAUUCUCCAAGUGGCUGUUCCCAGACCACCUUACCCUUCCUUGCUGCUACUCCUCCAGGAAGCUGCUCCUCACCCACGCCCAAGGUGCGGGUGGCAGAGCUGGUGGUGGAGAGAAUGCAGCAGUUCAAGAGGGUGGCACCCGAGCAGCUGAAGCACAGCUCGGAUGGGAGCGUGCCAAAGGCUGCAGCCAGCAGGGAUUUCCCUGCCAGGAGCCAGGAGCAGAAGCCUCCUGAGGAUGAUACCCACCAUGUCCCAUCCUUGGAUCACGACAGUGCUCUGGCUUUGGCUCUUCAGCAGCAGUCCAAGGAGGAAGCCCUGGCAAGCCUGGAGGAUGCAGGCUUGUUCUUCUGUCAGAUCUGCCAGAAGGAUCUCACAGCCAUGAACACCCUGCGGCGGGAGCAGCACGUCAACAGGUGUCUGGACGAGAUGGAAGCAGCAGAGACAUCCUCCUCCAGCAAAGCAGUGGUGCCUGAGUGUCCCAUCUGUGGGAAGCAGUUCCAAAGCGCGCAGAGCCGCCUCAGUCACCUGAAGCGCUGUGCUGUGGAGAUGGAGGUGCCUCCUCACCUGCUGCUUCAGGCAGUGCAGCUGCAGCUGGCCACGCUUGGUGAUGCAGCUCCUCAGUGUCCCAGCAAUCAGCCCAGCAGGGCAAAGCGGAAAGGCCCCUCCAACGAGGACUUGAGGAAAACACAGAAGAGGGCCAAACUGGAGCCUAAGGAUGAAGAUUUGCAGGUUGCCAUGGCAAUGUCACGCUCUCUGCUGGAGCAAGAAAAGCAGGAGCAAGCAAAAUCAGUUACAAAUGUGAAAGCAGUGGCUGCUUUCCCAAUCAAAUGGAAGCCAGGAUCAGAGAAAAAAAGGCGUAGGAAAGGCACCAGUGCCCCUCCACCUCUGCUGCUGCAGGACCCAGAGAAGGUCCACAAGAGGAUCCAGGAGAGAGUAGCCAUGAUGCUGACAGAAGAGGUGGAAUUCCCUCCCACCCCUCAGCUGCCCACUAGUAGGAUUCUGGAGGAUGAAUCUGAAACAGCAGCCUGGCUCAUGCCAUUGUGCAAAGCCAAGAAAUGCUUCUUAUGGAACAUCAGUGCUCUGACAGGACCCUGUGACCCUGAGUCAUUCUACACUGCAGCCUUAACCCCUCCAAUUGUACCCUGGAAGCCUGUGCAGAAUAAGCCAGAGAACCUUCAGCCAUUGGUGGGAUCUCAUCAGCCCAAAGUACCCCAGCAAACUCAGCCUGACCUCAGUUCUCAGGAGCCCACUUGCACAAAGGUUGGAGGCCAAACUCCUGAUGAAUCCAAGCCAGGCCCUGAAGGAGAUGGGCAGCUUUUAUCCCCAAGCCAGAAGGACAUUCAGACCCUGCAGGACCUGGUGGAGCUGGCCAGGGAAGGACUCACCCUUACUCAGUGGAACCUUGACACUGGCCAUGUUCAGGCAGCAGAGCAGCCAGGAGAAGAACUGACUUCCAGUGAUCCCCCACUUAGUGGCUUUGUGCCCCCACCCAAGAAGAAGAGCCUCCUCAGGAGCAGCACAAAAAAAUCCUCUCUGGGGCUACUGGCUCAAGACUUUGGUGCCAUGGUGAACAACCCCCACCUGAGUGAUGUGCAGUUGCAGGUGGACAGCGGGGAGGUUCUCUACGCUCACCUCUUUGUGCUGUACGCGCGCUGCCCGGCGGCGGCUCAGGCUGUGCACAGCGAGGGGCUGCUGGUGGAGGAGGACGGGGCGGCGCCGACGCGGCGCGCGCUGCUGGGCGAUGUGUCGGCCGAGGCCGUGGCUGCCUUCCUGCGCUACCUCUAUGCUGCUGACACCGACUGCCCUGCUGGGCUGCGGCCCCAGCUGCAGGCUCUGGCUGCCAGGUUUGGUGUGAGGGAACUGAUGGCAGAGUGUGAAACCAGCACUGGAGAGAGCCAGGUGUCCUCUGGAGUGGAUUCAGAAGAUGAUCUUAUCUCUGUGAGGGAUGAUGAAGAUUGUGAGGACAGAGCUGAGAACUUCCAAGACCUCUUGAAGUCAGUGUGGGUGGGUGAAGAUGAGGAAGAAGUAGCUAUGCUGAGCCCUGAGUGCCAGAAGGAGGAUGACAGUGAGGUGGGAGAACAAGAGCUGGAGGAAAUCUAUGAGUUUGCUGCAACUCAGAGGAAGAUGGCUCAGGGUGAAAGAGAGGUGAGCGAGGGAACAGACUGCAGUGACACUGAGGCAGUCCAAGGUACAAACCAGCAAACUGAGCAGGAAGAGCUAAAGAGACCUGAAUCUGCUUCACUAAGCAACAGCCUCGAAGAUCUGAGGGAUGGCAACGGUGUGGAAAGAUCUAAAUGUGACUUCUCUGCACAAGAAGAGAAGAUGCAGAAUAUAAACAGCUGCAAGAUCAUGAAUGAUCCACAGACCUCUAUUGUGCCUCACCAAAGUAAACCUCAGAAAUGGGAUGGAACUUCCCAUGGUGCUAAUGAAGGAGGGGCUGUUGAGGGAUGUGAGGAUGUGAAGGAUUCCAGGUCACCUCAGGUCUCACAUGACAAGGCAAAUCACUGUGAAGAGCAGUUUCCUGGUUUCCAGGGUGAUACUGAUAUAAAUGACAGCUAUGAACGUUUGUUUUCUGCCUCUCAGGAGUAUCACUGUGAGCCUUCCCCUGUGAAAGUUACCAAAGAAUCAGGAAAGUUCUCUAGUGAAAAACAUGUUGGUCUUAAUGAUUCACUUCUGUUCAGCAAGUCACAAAAAGACUGCUCUCCAUGUAAGAAUGGAUUUUGUAGGAGUCCAACUCCCCAGCCUUACAUGUCCCUUUUUCCUGCUCUUGGCUCUUCACCUGCAUCUCCAAAAUCAGAGGGAAAGUUUGCCAGGGAACAUGUGUCAACAGCAAAGCAAAACAAAGAGGAAAAAUCAUUGCCAUCUUAUGAAAUACACUCCCAGAAAGCCAAGGAGCUGGGUGCUGUAUCAGAACAUGAGAUCACAGUUUCUCCAGCAGAGCUUCCUCACAGUGGAUCAAACAAGCACACACAUGUCCCAGUGUUGUCAUCAGCAGGCAGGACUCAGGAUGCUGCAGCUCAGGGGAUCAAGGGGGGUGAUGUUAUUGUUUUAUCUUCUGAUGAUGAUGAAAUGGAGUUACAACAAGGCAAGAAGCUGCCAGAGUCUGACUCUGCUCUGAAGGAAAUGGAAGUCCCUGGGCACCUGAAGUGUACAGACAUGGAACAAGGUCCUGAGAUACCAAAACCUGACCAUAACUCAUCAGUCCCUGAAACAGAGCAGAGAUCAGCCCAGGUCUCAUGUGGCAAUACAGACGCAGUGUGUUUAACUGGUGAUGUAAAGGUGUCCCCUGAAUUUCCUCUCAGCAAACAAACAGGUGCUUGUACAGAGAUCAAACAGAGUCCAAACCCAAGCCCUGGGAAGAGGCUCAGUAAUGAAAUGUCUCCAGGCACAGACAGCUCCUGGCUUGUGCCAGGAACACCAGUUCUGAGCAAAAGCAGAAGCUCCUCAACACAGACUUCGGUCACAAGUAUUAAUUUUUUAAAGGGUCCAGGAUCUAAACUCAGCACAAAGAACUUAGCAGCAGGUAAUGGUAACCAUGAAAUGGCUGGAAAUUUAAUAAAAGUCCAUGAAACAACAUUGUCAGACAAACAUUUGCCUGUGGAGAACUUGGCAAGUGGAAGGAGCCCACCCAGCAGCCCAGCAGCAGAAUCCUUUUCCAAGAACCCCCUUCCAGUUUCUCCAGUAGAUCCAGUUCUCCUCUCCCCUGGCCACACCAACACAGAAGGCAAAUGUGCCAACAUCUCAGGUUUACCCACACUGGUGCCUCCGUGCCAGGAGCAGCCACUGGAAGGUAACAUCAGUGUGGUUGAGCUGGAGGACAGCGACAGGGAAGUAAGUCUGCCUUCUCUGGGUAGCAGUGUCCUGCUGUGUGAGGAGCCCCCAGUCCCUGUUGAUGCCUGCUGGCACAUUGGGUAUCUGUCACCAGCCAGAGGUGACAGCCACGACUCCAGCCAGGUCAGCCCUGCAAAGAGCAGCGUGGCCAGCAGCCCCAGCCCUGGCUCUUGGCAGGGGCAGGGGGAGAGCCCAGUCCAGGUGCAGGGAAUUCAGGGCAGCACCCCUCUCCAAGGAAGUCCUGCUGGCAGGAGAACAACUUUGCAGUGCCCUGAGAAGAGCCCUAUUGAGCCAUGUUCAUCAGUGGGCAGCAGAGCCAGUUACCUGGACUCCAAAAUCUGGGAUGACUGGAAUGGAGAAGAGAAGGAAGAUGAACUUCCAGAGAUUCUUCCUCUGUCUCAGAGGUUGGCAGCUGCAGCAGGGGCCUGUCAGACAGAUCCUGUCAAGACUCCUGAACCUUCCUGUCAGGAGAACAACAGGUCCCCCAGCACUCCAGUGACACCCAUGCCAGCUUAUUCCAUCAUGGAGACCCCGCAGCUGAAGAAGGAGCUGAGCAGAUUCGGUGUCCGUGCUCUCCCAAAGCGCCAGAUGGUGUUGAAGCUGAAGGAGAUAUUCCAGUACACUCACCAGGAUGGAGACUCUGACUUUGAGGAUGAAAUCUCCUAUUCCCAGCCCCUCCCACAGAAGUCCCCGAGGCAGCCCAAGGCAGGCGGGAAUCGCGGCGGCGCCCCGAGGCUUGUGGGCAGGAGGAAACAGCUUGGCAAGGCUUCUGCAGGGCUCCCUAGGGGUGAGGCUGAUGGGGCAUCCCAUGGAACAGGCUGUGCCGCACUCAAGGACAGAGCUAGAGUGACACAUCACCCAGAAGGAGCCAAAGAGCAGGAGAUGCCAUCUGAGUCCCUGGCAGCUGAUGGCGAGGAGCUCCCGGCAUCCCAGGAGUCGGCACGUUCUUCGCUGGAUGGAAGUGACAUCUCCUUUGGUUCACAGAGUUCCUUUGUGAAUGGAUUUGAAACCUGUGCUUUUACAUCUGAUGAGGAGGAAGAGGAAUUUCCAGCAUCUCAAGCAGCAGCUCGGGAAGAGCAGAAGCUGGAGGCAGUCAGGUGCUACAUCCGCUCAAACACGGCCCUGUACAACAGGAUUCUCUUCUACGAGCCCAUCGAGCUGGCUGAUCUGCACGCAGAGCUCAAACAGAAUGGCAUUAAAAUUUCCAAGGCAAAGCUGCUGGAAUUUCUGGAUUCUCAGUGCAUCACAUCUACCAUGGCCAGAGCCCGGAAAGAGCAGGAGCAGAAAAGGAAGGAGAAUAAAAAACGGAGAAGGCGAUACCGAGUGAAGCCCACCCCUACCCUCUGAAACUCGUGUGCCUGGAUCACUGCCAGGCUGGAAAAGCCCCUUCCCAGCUGCUGCUCCGGCAGCAGGCGAUGGGUGGAGCACUGCUGCUCCUCGUGGCCUGAUCCUGGGUGACAUCCUGGAGAAGGAGCUGCACUCCCAUUGCCAGCCCCCUGCUCCGAUGGCACAAACGCCCCAUGGCUGCCCUGCCUUCAGCACUCAGCUCACCUGCAACCUCUUUUCACCUAGUUUGACUCUUGUGCCUUUUCUUUAAGUUUUUCCAAUAGAUCUUAGGUCCCAAACUUUUCUUUGUGCUGGUGCUUCCCUCAGUGCCAGGACCUAUUCCCUGGAUUUGGGCUGAGAAAUGCUUCACCCUUCACGUUUCAGGAUUCAGUCCACUCUGUCAAGUGCUGUCUGUUUACACCCCUGUGACUUCCAUCUUCACUUCUUCAGCACAGUUUGCACUGCUGACUUUUAAGGCAGGGAAUGCUGUGGAAAUACAUAAAAGGCUUUUUUUUCUUGAUUCACUUGGCAAUCUCUACUAAAACCCUAAAUCUGUGUUUCUGAAAUAGCUGCAGAACAGGGCAGGGGUUUGUUCUGUUCCCUUUGUGACACCUCCCAAAAGCACCCCUGACACCUGAUGUCACGGGAAGGCGCCCAGCAGACAUGUCUUUAAGAAAAGUGACCACUGGAACUUUUCAGCACUUCUCACAGCUCGAGCUAAACCCACUGCCUGGAUUAGUCCCAUUGCCAAACUGGACUGAUCACAGGUGUAAAGUGUCUGGGACUUCUGGAGCAGUCUUGGAUCCUAAAUUGUUGACCUUCAUAACAGCUUCUGACUUCUGUCUGUUCUGGCAGUUCUGAGUGUGCAAAGGCUCACUGAAAAACAGGGACAGAACACAAAAAGAGGGCAGAUUUCUAGAUAUCUUUGUAUAUUUGGACAUAAUUUUUUUUAUACAGAAUCUGAUUUUUAUUUAUAUUAUAUACAAUAAACAAUUUAAAUCCUGUCCAUUCUCCUAUGGAACAGUUAAACAAACACAGGAUUGUAUAGAAAACAUGAACUUUAUGGAACUAGACUACUCUUCCCAUCUUGGAUUAGGGCGGUGUGAACAUGACUGGGAAGCCUAUGGCUAAAAAACCUAAACUUGAACUCUGAAAAACUUCAACUGGGGGUGGAGAAGACUUCGGGGACACCUGUUUUCCUAAUAACUGAAAUAAAUGGGCAGGAGAUCUUUCUCCUU